GCGGUGGCUGUUGCGGUGGCUGUUGCGGUGGCGAUGGCUGCCGCCGGGUUCCGCCGCGUCCUCUGGCCCCGGGCACCCGCUCGGAUCUGGGCGGCCCGGGCUGCGCUGCCGCCGGGGACGCGAGGGGCUUCCGAGAUGUCCAAGGAUCUCCUGCCCGGGCCCUACCCCCGGACACCGGAGGAGCGGGCGGCAGCUGCCAAGAAGUACAACAUGAGGGUGGAGGACUACGAGCCCUACCCCGACGAGGGCUUCGGGUAUGGUGACUACCCCAAGCUCCCUAACAAGUCUCUUCAUGAGAGAGACCCCUGGUACCAGUGGGACCAGCAGGAUUUGAGGCAUAACUGGGGGCAGCCGAUGCACUGGAACUUUGACAUGUACAUUCGGAACCGGGUCGAUACCUCCCCCACUCCAGUUCCCUGGCACAUCAUGAGCAAACACCUUCUUGUCUUCCUGGGAACCAUGCUGGUCAUGUUUGCUCUUGGAGAGAUCUAUCCAUCUUACAGGCCUGUGGGACCGAAGCAAUAUCCCUUCAAUGACCUGUAUCUGGAGAGAGGAGGAGACCCCAGUAAAGAGCCACCAGCAGUGACACACUAUGAGAUCUGAAGGUUAUGGAAGAGUUACCUUGCUCCUCUGCCACCUCUGCUGGGGCUGGCAUCUUCUCUGCUCUUCACCCUGGCAGAUGUUAGUGCUUGUUCUGCAAUGUUCAGUCACUAACUGCAGUAAAAUGUAUCCCUGAUACCCAC